AUGCCGCCCAGGACGAGAGCGGGGGUUCAAAGCCAGCAACAGAAGGAAAAGCUUGCCAGCUCUUACAAUGAAUUGCUCAAGGAAUUCUCCUCCAAGGACCUCCGCAGCGUAGGGAACUACACGUUGGGCCGGCUGAUCGGGAAAGGCUCCUUCGGCAAAGUCUACCUGGCGUCGCACAAGCUCACCAAUGGCUCCAAGGUCGUGCUCAAGUCAUCCAGCAAGGAGGAUACCAAUCUCGUGCGCGAAAUCCACCAUCACCGCCAAUUCCGCCAUCCGCAUAUCGCCCGCCUGUACGAGGUCAUUGUCACUGAGAGCUUGGUCUGGCUGGUGCUCGAGUAUUGUCCUGGCGACGAACUCUACAACUACCUCCUCCGCCACGGCCCACUCCCGGUCGAGAAAGUGAAACGGAUCUUUACACAGCUGGUGGGAGCGGUGGCCUAUGUCCACAGUAAAUCAUGUGUGCAUCGGGAUCUCAAGCUGGAAAAUAUUCUCCUGGACAAGCAUGAGAGCGUCAAGUUGUGCGACUUUGGGUUCACGCGCGAGUAUGAAGGGAAGGCGAGCUAUCUCCAGACGUUCUGCGGCACCAUCUGCUACAGCGCGCCGGAGAUGCUCAAGGGAGAGAAAUAUGCAGGCGAGAAGGUGGACCUCCCCUUUGACGAGGAUGACGACCAAGUGACCAAAACCCGGAUCCUCUCGGAGGAACCGGUGUUCAAGGACGACAAGUUCCCGGAUGAUGCCAAGGCGUUGAUCAAUCUGCUCCUUUCCAAACGGCCGUUGAUCCGUCCCAGUUUAGAUGAGAUUCUAGCUCACCCGUUUCUCGCGGAGCACGCGGCGGAGCAGUUAGCCAUUCUGAAAAUCCCGCAAUCAUCCCCAUUCACCACACCAUUGGAGAAGACGACAUUGCAGCGAAUGAAAAGUGCCGGUGUCAACAUCGACGAGGUCAUUGAGAAUGUGUUGGCUCAGCGAUGCGAUCCGCUUGCUGGAUGGUGGGCACUGUUGAUUGAGAAGGAGCAGCGGAAGGAGGCCAAGAGAGAGCGCAGACGACGGGAACGGGAAGCCGACACGAAGAACCUCCGCCGUCUCAGUGCUGCAAGUAGCCGGUUCGAGAAACGGUCGUCAGCCCUGAUGGAUGUGGCCGAAGAAGGUCAAGAAGCAAACUCAAGCAGCAACCUCCAGGAACGCGGACGCCGAGACAGACGAAGCUUACCCUCUCAGCUGGCCGUUCCAGAACUUCCCGCGCUCCCUGAACCUCUACCAGAACCGAUGGAAUUACCACGGCCUGCGGAUGCCCAAUCUAUCAAGUCUGUUAACACACACGCAUCAAUACGACGACGCCCUGUUCCACCACCGAAAGACAAGCGACGAUCGCGAGGCAGCAUGCUUCCCGUCAGUGCCUCACAGCCGGAACUGGCGCAACAUGGGGGUAUCUUUCGACGUCGCACCAAGCGUCACCAAUAUCCGAUUAUUAGCCAGCUGGCCUCACUCAAACAUUGGUUCGUCGAGUCGGCCAAGAGGGCCAAGUCUCCGAAUGCAAAGGCGGUCUCCCGCAAAUUUAUGUCUGAGAAGAACAGCCCUGCAAAGAGCCAGGAUAGCGGAAAGAAUCCCGUCACGUCGUCUUCGGCUGGCGAAGCUACAGGAGAGGAGGUCGUGACUCCAACCCAGGCCAAACGGAUCUCCACGGCCAGCAGUCUUGCUCCCAGCAGCGCGUCAUACCGUCAGAACCGCAACUCUUAUGGGCGUCAAACGCGGGCAUUGAACACAGGGCACUCUAGCAAUCGCAACUCGCUUUCGCCCUCACCGAUCACGCCGCGGGGUUCAUACUACCGACAUUCAUCGACCGGGUUACGAGGUCGCAAAUCCACCUCGUCUUCAGUCUCCUCGAUCCGUAGUAUUCAUCACACUCGUGCCCACUCAAAAGCAUCAUCUCUCUCAUCCAACAGCUUAGAAACUGCACACACCCCAACCGGCAGGCUUUCCAAAUCUCCCCAUUCAUCCCUCAAGGUUCUGCCCACCACCCCAGGCCCUUCAGCUCGCUUCCCAAGCAAUAUCCGACUAGUACGAGGGUCUGGCGGGACGGCCCGGGAUUUUGAUGAUCGGGCCGCGGGACAGUCGGGAUCGGUCUUCAACGAGCCGGCACCUGCACCCAUGCUAUUUUCACCGUCUUCGAGCCUCGUCUUUGCUCGACGCAAACGGUCCGCGUUCAAAGGCCCCAUGCUUCACACGGCCAACCUGAUGGUAUCAGGCGGGAUGGGGACGGUCAGCUCGCCUCCCCCAGGCAAGCAACCAAACAACAGCGCUCUGGAUCUCGCAGCUGCACGACCCGGCACACGAAAGAGCCAGAUAAUCGAAGAGGAAGAGGACGGCGAGGAUAUGGAAGAAGAAGACAUUGAGGAAGUCGAUGAAUUUGACCCUGCCGAUGAGGUGAUUCCUGGUUCGCCGGCCGAAAUUAUCAAACCCCAGACUCCAAUCAUGGAUUACCCCGAGCAUGAGCAUGCCGUGGAGACCGGAUCUCCCUCCUCAACCCGCAAGCCGGCUCUUGCCCCUGCUCCCGACCUCGAAUCAAGCCCUCUGUGUCCUCCGCGGUCUUCGUCGCUUCGUGCACCGCGUCGUCCGGGAACCGCCACUACUGUUUCUGAAGAUGGCCUCGAGAGCAGCGAACCCGCUCCACAGGACAACGAUAAGGAGAACGCUGGUUCUGAAAAUGCUGCUGUUACUGCUGCUGUUGAUUAUGACGUUGCUGCUGCCAAACCAGCGACUUGA